GAAUCUUUACUUAGUUUCCAGUUCAUUCGAUUAUUUUGAUUCGAUUUGAUUCCUCUCGGACAAUGAAUUCAAUCUCCGAGCAAAACCUGAUAUGAGUUUCCUCAGAGGUAUAAUCGAUUCCUUUAGCUCAAUCUUCACCGAAGAAGAAGAAGACAUCACCCAUCGCCACGAAAUAUCCAAACACGAUCCCACCGUAUCAACCUCUUCCGAUUCCAUGAACAGCAGCGUCAAUGGAGGUUCGGUUACUAACGAACGAGUUGCUUAUAAGCUCAAAGGCUACUUCGAUUUAGCGAAAGAGGAGAUCGCUAAAGGAGUUAGGGCGGAAGAGUGGGGUCUACACGACGAGGCGCUUCUUCAUUACAGAAACGCUCAGAGGAUCAUGAACGAAGCUACCUCCACGCCUUCUCCUUCGUAUAUGAGUUUCAGUGAGAAAGAGAAGGUGAGAUUGUAUAGAGAGAAGAUUUCUAAAUGGCAAAGUCAGGUUUCUGGAAGAUUGCAAGCUCUUGGUAAACGUACAGGUGUUGGAAUGUCUGAAAAUAAGAGAGCUGUACCAUCUCCUUCUUUAGCUUCAGUUCCCUCUUCAAAUAGAAGAGUUUCAUUACCAAGGACUUCACUUCCCAGAGGUGGUACUGGGAUGGUAAGGAGCCCUAAAGACGCUACUACUACAAACCCAAAACCUGUGAAAGAAGCUGGAGGUGGAUACGAUGAUAAGUUGGUAGAGAUGAUAAACACAACGAUAGUGGAUAGAAGUCCAUCUGUUAAGUGGGAUGACGUCGCUGGACUUGAUGGAGCUAAACAAGCUUUGAUGGAGAUGGUUAUUUUACCGGCAAAACGAAGAGAUUUAUUCACUGGUCUCCGAAGACCAGCUCGAGGUUUGCUUCUCUUUGGUCCGCCUGGCAAUGGAAAAACAAUGCUUGCCAAGGCAGUGGCUUCCGAGUCACAGGCAACGUUCUUUAACGUCUCAGCAUCCUCGUUGACAUCAAAAUGGGUGGGUGAGGCUGAAAAGCUAGUUAAAACGUUGUUCCAAGUUGCAAUCUCCCGACAACCGUCUGUAAUAUUUAUGGAUGAAAUAGAUAGUAUAAUGUCUACAAGGUCGAUCAGUGAGAAUGAAGCAAGCAGAAGGUUGAAAUCAGAGUUCCUUAUCCAGUUCGAUGGUGUGACUUCUAAUCCUGAUGAUUUGGUGAUUGUCAUCGGAGCUACUAACAAGCCACAGGAGUUGGAUGAUGCAGUGCUUAGAAGAUUGGUGAAGAGAAUAUAUGUACCACUGCCGGAUUCAAACGUGAGAAAACUACUUUUCAAAACUAAACUGAAGUGCCAGCCUCACUCUUUAUCAGGUGGGGACAUUGAUAAAAUCGUCAGAGAAACCGAAGGAUACUCAGGAAGUGAUCUACAAGCAUUAUGCGAAGAAGCUGCAAUGAUGCCAAUCAGGGAACUCGGUGCUGAUAUUCUCACCAUCCAAGCAAACAAAGUGAGACCACUAAGAUAUGAUGAUUUUAGGAAAUCAAUGGGGGUGAUCAGACCAAGCUUGAGUAAAAGCAAAUGGGAAGAGCUUGAACGUUGGAACUCUGAGUUUGGUUCUAAUUGAAUCUCUUCCUGUGAAAAGUCUCUUGUAAAUUUGAGACGAUUGUAAUAUGGUGUAUAGUUUUAAAAGAAUCAAAAUAUUUACACCUUAAAGAAAGGUUGAUAAUAAAAAUCAA